GUAAGAGGGAAAAUGCAGUUGAAGUGUUGGUGGAAGAUCUGAGAAACACAGGAACAAGGCUGCGUGCUUUACUUUGUAGCCACAGUUAUCUAGUGGCUAGACGAGGUCACUUCCUUUUGUGUUUCUGACUUCUCAGUGUAAGGUUUUAGAGUGGUCAAGUCGAAGUCUGGAUUUAAAUCCAAUCCCGACUUACUCCCAACGGUGGCACAACCUGUUAUUAACUUCAGGGGGCUAAUUACAUUUUCACAGAGCGUGAUAAAGAUUGAUUACAUCAAGUUAGAGUGAUUUCAUCAAGACAACAGUGAGUUCAAAAGUACAAGCCAGGGCCAGACAGCAGGAGGAACGCUAGACUAAAAGACUGAAGAAUUCAACAAAACUUGGAGCACUGUGCCUGAAGAGUCUGCAGAAUGUGUAAAGGAUUAGCUGCCCUGCCCCAAACCUGCCUUGAAAGGGCUAAAGAGAUCAAGUCGAAAUUGGGAGUUUUGCUGCAAAAGCCAGAAAAUGCAAUCGACCUCAUCAUACCAUAUCCGGAGAAAACUGAGAAGAAGCCGGAGAAGCUGCAGAAACCUUCAUCUGAGGAAGCUGCUCAGUGGCGUGAGAGUUUGGACCGAGUACUGAACAACAGCUAUGGUCUUGCUACUUUCCGUAGCUUCCUGCAGUCUGAGUUCAGUGAUGAGAAUAUUGAGUUUUGGAUGGCUUGUGAGGAUUUCAAGAAGAUCAAGAACCCAGUGAAGAUGGCUGCCAAGGCAAAAAUAAUCUAUGAAGACUACAUUCAGUCUGAGGGACCCAAAGAGGUCAAUAUUGACCAUUUCACCAAAGAUGUGACUCUAAGGAAUUUAGUGGAUCUUUCACCUGAAGCUUUUAACCUGGCCCAAAAGCGGAUCCACGCCCUCAUGGAAAAAGACUCCUUCGGUCGCUUCUUGAGGUCUGAGCAGUACCAAGAGCUAUUGGUCAACUAAACCUGAGGAGGAGACUUAAGCAGCUAGGUGGGGAAGAGGUGAAGUCAUUGCAGCAAAUACCAAAUUUGAAAUCAAGAAGAAUUCAAUAAAAACACUGUGUUAAAGCUCAAGAUAAAAAAAAAAAAAAAACAUUGAUACAAAAUGCCCCAUCCACACCCCCCAAAAAAGAUGUCAAAUCAACAUGUUUUUGUAAAAAGAACCUGCUAUUGACCACUCACCUCUCCACCCAAGACACACUUUCUCGAUCCUCUUAAAUAUCCCAUAUUUUGCCUAUUCAGCCCUCCAUUGAGUGACUCUGUAAUAUGGACAUGGACAUAGCAUAAAAGUAUAAAUUUCAUUUCAAAUCAAACACCUUGAUUUGGUUAUUCAAGUGUACAGAAAAGGCAUUUCUGACAGCCACUUCUGUUCGACCCAGUUUUUUUCUUUGUCCAUACUUGGCUAGGACUGCCCCCUUUCCUCUGAUUGGUUGCUUCCAUGUGGAAAACCCACUUGUGAGGGCAAUCGUGUUUGUUAUGUUGACAGCGCUGGCCUGAGAUGAAGGGCGAGGGGGAGAUCUUUGCCAGUGACGUGGAUAAUAUUGAGAAAUUCAAGUGACCUGAUUUCAGGCCUCCGGAAGAAAAGCGUCUGAAAAUCAGGAAUGUGUGGGUGAUUUUGAUUCAUAUAUUUACUGAUACACCAAAUAUCAAUAUUACUUCCCAAUUACCGGAAAGAAGUUACUUUGGUAAAAUAUGGGACCUUUGAAUGAGUGAGCUGCUCUGAUGAAAUUGGACUCUCGUAUUUCCCCCCUCAAUUAUAUUCCCUUGUGUUAUAGAACUCAUAAAUUUAAUCACGUUAUUAUUUAGACAAAGCUGUUGCCGAUCAACUAAUAUGAAGAAGAGAUGGCAUAAAGAGCAGGUCAGUUUAAAAUCUUCUUGUCUGGCACUUCCAAGCUAACCAAUUAUGCAGUGGUAUUUAGACUUAGGUCUAUGGAUAUGGUUCCAAUGACAUCACCACAGUCCUUAGACCAAUUGGAUAAAUUAACAAUCGAAAAAAAAUUCAGGCUUUACCAAUUCUCUGACCUCUAUGACACACAAGAUGGUGUAAUUGGAAACCUAUCCAUUGUAAGAGGCAGACCUCUGAUGUACUGUACCAAACUACCUUAUGCCUUAUGUACAACUACAGCAAAAAUAUUUUCUUUAAUUCCUUCAAAAACAAAAUCCAAUAAAGUAUUUCAAAUGAUUGUGGACCAUGAUUUGAAAUAACUUCACUUGUAUCAAAAAAUACAAACAUAACUUAUAUGGUAGUGACUUAGUGACGAGAUAUCAUGCUAAUAAGCAAGCAAAGUAUAAAUAAGUUGAUUUGUUAGCUUGAAUUUAGUAAAAUAAGGUAAGUCUCUCUUCCACUGAGGUCCACAAUGGCAUGUUUGGCUGAGUUUAUGGACAUACCGGACAGCCAUAGCCCAAAUCUAAUCAGAUAGCUUUGGGAUAACCUAGGGAACUACAAAUGCACUCCUGGAGCAAAGGGGGGAGAAUUUGGGGGAAAUAGCCUAGUGUCCUAAUGCUUUAGUCCAUAUUCUCAUACUGUAUUGUAAUCUUCUGCCCAAAUAUGUUAACCCAUCUAAGAAUACUCAUUUGGUUUGAACAAUAGCACUAUAUCAGUUCCGGGAAAUGUAUUCACGUUAAUAGAAUUUAAGUUGUACCAGCCUUCCUACAAAUCCCAAUGUAAUCUAUGAUGAUCACAAAACUCUGAUUUGUCUUUUCCUCUUUCUCAUCCCUCACAAAUAGAAUUCUAUCUACGGUAUAUCCACCAAAUCUCCUAUUUUGGCUCCUGUGAGAACCAUCAUUGAGAACACUGCUGGCUAGUUGGCUCAGUGGUCAAGCUCCUCAGCUGCCACUAAACUGCACGUGGCUCAGAUGGGAAUUCAAGUGGGAGGGAGGCUAAGGAUAAGGGAAGUGUGUAGUGAUAUGGUUUGAUAAAAUCAAAGAUAUUAGCAAACUGGAGUGCUGUUUUUCCCAUGUGCUUUUACUUGUUGAAAACCAAAUCAGCUGUAUGCCAUGAUUUAAAAUAUGAGAAAACAUUCAAAAGAAGGGAAGGGAUUACUGAUUUGCUCCAGACCCGACCAAGCACAGUUGAUCUCUUUCUUAGAUGGAUAGUAUUGAUCAUAACAAAAUCAAAAAUUAAUCCGAAUGAUGAAAAAUACAUACACUCUUCACCUAACUUUUUUAACACAUUAUUCCUUAUAAAUUGAUAUAGUGAUGUUUUUUUUUUUUACAUUACAUGGACAUUGAUGGAAACAGUGAUGAGGUUUGAAGUUUACGUUCAAUUUGAGUUCACAAAAUGUAAUGAUAUACUGUAGUAAUCUGUAAUCAGUUAUUAUUUUUUUAUUUUACAGAAGCAUUUGUAUCCUAAUCAACACAAUAUAUUAUCUUCUACACAUUCAUUAUUUUUGUUUGGAGAAUUGGACAGUGUUCGGGGCACUAUGGGACAGAUUUGCCACUGUGUUGCCGUAAAGGAAAUAAAUAGGACUUGGAGAGUGCUGAAUAUGUCACAAAAUAUUGCUUGUAUGUCUUGGAGUUGACCACAUAAAUAUAUAUCUGCAUACUACAUACUACUUCUGAAGAUGUAUUUAUUUUACAUAUAAAUAUAUAUUUGCAUUUUACUUUGUCUAACCUACUCUUAAAUACACAUGUUGAUUCAAUGAUUAUUUCCAUCAAGAAUUGACAAGGCUUUCUCCUUUAAACAUGUUUCUUGAUAAAAGAGGAAACAUUUUUCACUUGUCACUUGGUAUUUAUUCAGGACUAUAUUUAUAAGCAUGAAGGCAAAGCAAAUUUGAGAUCAAAGAUUACACCAUGAGAAAAAUUAAUUUGAAUACACAAUUAUUUUUACAUCCAUCAAAUGGACCUGCUCACUUGCCUUAUUAGGCUCUAAAAUUAAAUUAAUUCUUAUUCUGUUCAACAAUACUUUUUUAAAAAUUCCCACUUCUGACAGAGCUUUCAUGUGAUGUAAUA